AUGGCAAUGAAGUUAAAAACCAAAAAACGUUUGACCAAUGUUACAACUGGUGUCUUUUUUCUGAUGGGAGGAAUUGAAUACGGCAAUCUAAUGUAUUUUGUGGGGAUAUCCAAAUAUUUUCUGAUAUUAAGUCGUUUGGUAGCAGGUGUUGGUUCUGGUGCUGGUGCUGCCAUCUUUGCACAGAUCACUCACACAACGACUGAUAAAGAAAGGACAGCAGCAAUAUCUGUUGCCAUGGCAGCUAGACAAGUUGGAUUAUUGAUAGGACCAGGCUUAAAUUUAUUUCUGGAGCAUUUGAAUUUUUGGAUUGGUCCUUGGCAUGUAAAUGCCUUGUCUGCACCUGGGAUUUUUAUGACUGUUUUAUGGAUCUUGAUGGAAUUGCUGGUCUUCUUUGCUUACUAUGAUUUACCAAAUAUUGAGGAACAAGAGAAGAUUCUUGCAACAGAGGCUGCCAGGGUACUGGCUAACGUCAUAAAUUAUGAUGAAACCGAUCAACUGAUACCAAAUGGUGAGGCACUAUCAGAUACACUUGAUUUUGCUGGUGAUCACAAAUCAUCUCGUACGACUUGGUAUGAUGAGGAAUUUGAUCCCCAACAGGAUAAUGGAAGAUCUUCCGGUCAAAGGUCAAACAUGCCAACCCAGUACUUGAGUAUAGAGAGAACUUCAGAAGAUGAUGAAUUCAAAGAAGCUAAAAAAUACUCUCUGGAACAUGGAUCAGAGUUGUAUCCUGGAAAGUGGACUUGGAUGAAAGAGUAUGUCAGAGAAGAAGUUGUUGUAAUUUUAACAGGGCAAUUUUUCUUUCUUUACAACCAGACUGCACUAGAAACCAAUUUAACACCGUUGGCACAGAAUAUUCUUGGCUUUGGUGAAAUGGAAAACAGUUUGUUUUACUGUUUUGCAGGGUUAGAAGUACUUUUAACAUUCAUCCUGGUCAAAAUACUAAGCAAAAAAAUUGAAGAUCGUUCAAUGUUAGCGCUGGGGUUUGCUAUUGAAAUUGUUUCAAUCUCUGUGGCUGUGUGGUAUUUCCCUGCUGCUGAGGAAAGCAAGAAUGAGUCUUACAAAUUGGCCAUGUUUAUCUGCAUUGUUCUAGUGCAAGUAUUUGGCUUGCCCUUUAUAUCUGCUUGUGUCGUUUCUAUGUUUUCAAAACACACAACAGAACGUACUCAGGGACUUAGUCAGGGUAUCCGCCGUGGUGUGGCUAAUAUUGGAACAAUACUGGGACCAAUCUGGGCAGGUGGUACAUUGAAUAUUCUGUAUGUUAACAUGGGUGUGAUGGUUGGACUUCUUUUUCUUAUUAUAAUGAUGAUGAUAUUGUCUUGGAAACAUCUCAAGACUCCAGAGAAGUUCUGGUGGCUGAAGAAAGAUCAAAGUAAAUCUAUCAAUUCUGAUGCACCAUACUACAAUGACAGGAUCCUAUAG